AUGUCUUCCGCCACCGACCUCGCCGCGACCGCGGCCUCGGAGGACCCAAUCGCCGCCCCGAAUGCCGUCGAAACCGAACAGAAGGCCCUGAUGGAGGUGAUGUCGUACGGCAACGCGCAGGGGUGGCUGAAGGCGGAUAAAGCCCACGCGUUGGGUUGCCGCGGGCUGCUUCAGGAGGUGAUGGAGGCCGGGCGGUGGGGAACGGGCGGGGCGCCCGUGCUCCCACGCGGGAAAUCCACCACCCAGCCCUCCGCCGAGGUCGCGAUCCUCGCCGGGGAGGAUUCCUUGGAAGGCGCGCUCCAUCGCGCCUCGGAGUCCUUUCGCGCCGCGGAGGAGAAGCUCCUGCAGGACGGCCUGAUCUGCUGUGAGGAUUGGCUCGCGCUGCGGGAUACCUUCUUCACGGCGGGCUCGCUUUUCGCCCUGGCGGGGUACCCCGACGCGGCCGCGAAGUGUUUUCUCCACGCGACCUUCAUCAACGGCGCCUUCAAGGCCGGCGCGGAGGACGAAACCCGCAUGACGCUCACCCAAUGCGUGGAUAAUUUGAAACACCUCCACCCCUCCCUCGCCGUCGACGCGUUGUUGCAGCUCGCGACGACCUACGAGCGGAGCGGAGUGGCGAGUCGGUUUGAAGGGAAUCGUCGGGGCGGCUUCCCGCCGCUGAUGUGGCAGGCCGCGCGAUGCCGAAAGGAGGCCGCGGAGUUGACGGAUCGCCGAUUGGACGACCACGCCGCGGCGAUUCCGCUUUACGAGGCGGCGAUCGACACGUUUAAACGCGCGGCCGGCGAACCGCCGUUUCGCCCGGCCGCGGCGCUGCAACGCAGGGGGACCGGCGCGGAGGGCGGGGAGGCCCCCACGCCGUCCGACCCCUCGCGCCUCGCCCGCACGCAUACGAGCUCGCGGAAGUUUCUCGAUAUGUAUAAGAGUUUUGUGCAGGGGAUGCAGGAUCGGCUCGGGAUUCUCUACAGCGAGCUCGGCGAGUACGAAAAGGCGGAGAUGCUGUUCUUGGAGAAGGCGCAAUGCACCCCAUGCGGGCUCCCCGCCACGCGGUAUUACCUCUACGCGACCUUAUGCGUCCUCGUCCGCGGCUUCGGCGACGAGGAUCACUACUUCAAUAGCCUCUACUACACGAAAAAGGUCUUUGAUCGCUUCCAGGAGAUGGAUAAGGGCUUCCAGAAGGGGAAGGAAAACGAGCUGGUUCGGAACAUCCUACAGGCGUUCGACAACAACUCCUUGAAUUCGUUUGAUAUAGCUCUUAACCUGUAUUCGUCGUACUCCACAACGCAGCCGAACCUCGCUUUUGAUGUAUUGUCCUCUCGGUGCCGCCAGAACUUGCUGGAUCAUCUCGAACGAUAUGCCUAA